AGACUGUCAGCUUUGCUCCCUUUUCAAACUUCAUUUCGCAGAUAAUCAACUUUUCGAUUCUAGAUCCAAAUCUUUCUGUUCUUAGCUUUGUAAUUUCCCUGAUCUCGAAAAUGGGAAGUUGUGCUGAAUCGGACAUCGAGACGAUAAGAACUACAAAAACUUUAGAAGAAAUGAGCAUCGACCUAAAUGAUAAUACAGAGAGCUUCGUUUCCCGUUGCAUUGCUGCUCAGUCGUUUGCGGACUAUCUGACCGAUUCCGAUACUGAUACCGAAAACUCAACCCUACCUCCCAGUAGACGUUGGGUAUGGUAUUGCAAACUUCCUGGUUGCCCAAACUACUACUCAGCCUGGACUUGCAAAACCAAUUUCCUCCUUCACCUCUACGAGACACCAAUGCAUCGCGAGGACGACAACACGAAGACGCGUGAAAGUCGAUGUAUAUUAGCAAGAAGCUGGAGGAGAGAAACUGCGUAUGAUCUUAGCGAGCCAAAAGAAUCACCCCCACAACAUAAUGACUAUCAAUGUGGGAACAGAUGAAGAUGGCAUACAUAUUUAUAUCUUCUCAAGAGGCGGCAGACAAACCGUUAUGUGUUAUGGCACAGGUUCACACGGAGAGGAUUCAAGUUGCUUAUCUUCAGUGUGUCAUUUGGCUUUGGAGGCAUUCCUUGGCCGACUUUCCCGGAUCUGGUCUGUGUUCAGUUCAUUUUCCAUGUAGCGAACUAGCUUCCCUGUAGGCAAUCAUAUACUCGUCUGCUAUAAUGGUGAUCUCAUCGAGGUUCGGGAAUGUCAGCAGAGUC